AUGAAUAACUAUACACUUGAAGAAUACAAUGUGAAAAUUGAAGACGCCAAAUCAAAAGUAGAGAGUAUCAUCGGAGAUUUCAAACCUCGGAUAAUGAUAAUCUGUGGUUCUGGGUUAGGAGGAAUUGUCAACAUCUUAUCGAAUCAAAAAGUGGUUAAGUAUGGGGAUAUAGGGUUGAAAGACUCUACUGUUCCAGGGCAUGAUGGUAAGUUAGUAUUCGGAGAAAUCGGAGCCAACAAGGUGCCAGUUAUGUGUAUGGUAGGAAGAUUACAUUUUUAUGAGGGUUAUUCUUUACAGGAUACAACCUUGCCCAUUAGGUUAGGUAAAGUCAUCGGCAUCGAAACUGUUAUUGUGACUAAUGCUGCCGGUGGAGUCAAUAAAGAUUAUAGGGUCGGUGAUUUAAUGUUGAUCAAUGACCAUAUCAAUUUCGUCGGUUUUGCUGGUUUCAAUCCUUUGAGAGGACCAAACUUGGGUCAAUUUGGACCAAGAUUUUUGGGAUUGUCUGAUGCUUAUGACUUUGACUUGAGGAGAUUGUUUUUCCAAACAAAACAAAAGUUGAACAUCCAAAGGAAGGUUCACGAGGGUGUUUAUUUUUUUACAGCAGGACCAACUUUCGAAAGUAGAGCAGAGGUGAGGAUGAUAAAAACUUUAGGUGGUGAUGCAGUGGGGAUGUCAACGGUACCUGAGGUCAUUGUCGCUCGUCACUGUGGGAUCAAAGUGUUAGCUUUGUCGCUCAUUACCAACGAAGGUGUUGGCAGUGAACCACCGAGUGCAUUGACAGACCAAGACGUCAAAUUAGAUGAAGGGAUGGCUAACCAUGCUGAAGUUUUAGAAGCUGCCAACGAAGCAUCUAAGGACGUUCAAAGAAUUUUUGAAGAAACGAUCAAUCAACUCUAA